GUGUGGAAAACACAAGGGCUGAGAAGUGAGAACAGAGAGCUCGUGAGGGAGGGAGGGACCUUGCGACAGACUCACUGAGAGAGGAGGCUGAAUGCGACGGUGGCGGUGAGUCUAGGUCGAGGGCGGCGCAACCCUCUGAGAGAGAGAGAAAUAGAUUUUGUGGUCUCUUGGACCGAGAACCACGACGGAAAAGGAGGGAGAUCUCGGUGUAGCCUUACUUCUAAAUACUGAAUUAGGACUCGUAUGUUACAUGAAUUGACUAAUCAAUAAGUUAUACUCUUUUUCUUACUUGAAGACUACCAAAUAAUUUGAAUGGAGUCAGAAUCCUCCAAGGACACUACUGCUGCUCCCAGGAAGAUGAGAUUUGUGCCUAAAGCUCCCCCUAGAAGAGCACCAAAGCCUGAAGUCAAACCUGAAGUCGACGAGGAUAUCGAUGCGAACCAGGCUAAGGAAUUGCUACGACGUUUCAAUGAAGGCGCUAUGAGGGCAAAAUCUAAGGUUGAAAAGAAAGUGUCACCAUCUCAAAUCGCGUUUGGUAUAGGAGGUGCAUCUCCUUUCAUAAAAUCAUAUGGUUUUCCUAAGGCUGGAAGUGGUUAUGAUAACAACCAAAGACCUGGCUUUAAGAGUGAUGCUUCUGUCUCAGGCCUGAGAGAGAAAGAAUAUAGAGAACCAUGGGACUACUAUAGUUAUUAUCCUGUUACUCUUCCCAUGAGGAGGCCAUAUUCAGGAAAUCCAGAGAUUCUAAAUGAGGAGGAAUUUAUGGAUGAUCCAGAAACCAUAACUUAUGAUGAAAAUUCAGUGAGUCCAGCGGUGGAGCUUGGUCUAAUGGAGGAAAAUCUGGAACCAAGUAUGUUCUUUCUUCAGUUACCACCGAUUAUGCCUAUGAUAAAGCGAUCCGCUACUGCUGAUGGCCGGGAGGUAACUGACAGCUCAAGGCUUCCUGGGGAUGUGCAUGUUAUCAAAAAGGCCUGUUCUUUCGAUGAGUUACCAGCAGGCUUCAUGGGUAAAAUGCUAGUGUACAGGAGUGGUGCUAUUAAGCUGAAGAUUGGUGAUACCCUUUAUGAUGUUUCUCCAGGUAUGGAUUGUGUUUCUGCUCAGAAUGUUGUAGCUAUCAAUACUGCAGAGAAGCAUUGUUGUGUAGUUGGGGAACUCAACAAGCAUGCCACGGUUACCCCAGAUGUGGACUCCAUUUUGAAUAGUAUGGCUGAUUUAUAAUUCUUGCUCGUCGGCAACAUAUAUUUGGUAUAAAUGAACCGAUAAUUUUUUCGAGGAAAGAAUUACCGUCACCAUUUUUUGUUGGAAAAAAGUCAGAGAAUAAGGUGACAGAGUUGCAAACAAAACUUCAGAUUGCGCCUGGGAAGGAGAACUUUGUUUUGAUAAGUUACUCCUGAGAAGGAAAAUAUAGCAAGAUAGUUAAUUCGAACAUUUUGUGUUUGAAUUACCCAACGAAAAAAGAAGUUUGUGUUUCUGAGCAUGAUUAUUUAAUGAUAACAGUGCAAAGUUUUCAAACAUAGUGUGCAAUAUAUGGAUGUAUCAUAUUACAUCAUCAUUAUGUGGCUAAUUGUGAUGACAUUGUUGAUGUUCAAAGACCAAGCUGCAUGUUUAUUAAAGGGGAAGUUCCUUAGAUUCCUCUUUGGUCC